UUACGUUUGUUUUGUUUUUGCCAUUUCCUAUAUCAGCACCUUCCCAUGUCUUCGUCAACUUCGUCUAUCUCUCUCAUCUCUUUUUUUUUUCUCUCUCUAUAAUUUUGGGUUUCGUGCACUUUUUGCAUCUCAUGAUCCAUUUAUAGCCCUUCUAAGAUCAACAUCUCUACACUUUUACCCAUUUUUCACUUUAUCCAUAAUUAUUAUACAUAUAUCAUAUAUGGAUGUUCAAGAAUCGCCCGGCAUCAGGCUCUUCGGUGCAACAAUUCCGAUUCAAACCGCAACCACCACCACCACCACACACGACGAUGAUGAUGCAUCAAAACAAGAUCACGAUCAUGAUCAUGAUCGUGAUCAAGCAGCAGCAAACAACAAAUUAACCGAUCAAGAAACAGAAACAGAAACAUCAAACAGGGCACCGGAAAAACCGAUCCAGUGUCCAAGAUGCAAAAGCAUGGAGACAAAAUUUUGUUACUUCAACAAUUACAACGUUAAUCAGCCACGACACUUCUGUAAGGGAUGUCAACGUUACUGGACAGCUGGAGGUGCCUUAAGAAACGUUCCUGUCGGAGCCGGUCGCCGGAAAAACAAGUCACCGUCGUUGGAGAAUUGUGCCGGGGAGGAAUGGCAGAUCACCGCUCCGGGUUUGCCGCAGGUUUUUCCGGUCAAAAGACGGAGAAGCACCUCCGCCGGUCAAAGUUGUUGAUGAUGCGUUUGUUUGUUUGUCUUAUCUUGUAGUUUUUUUUAAUAAAAUAUUUUAAGAAAGAAAGAGUGGCAUUUAAGUCAUUUUUACUAUAUGAUGAUAUUGUUAUUGGUAGUGAUCGAUCCAAGGGUGAUGUACAUAACAGCUGUCUCAUCCAUUUUUUUAAAGUGCAUUUAAUCAAUGAUUAAAUUAAAAUAGUCAUUUCAAAGAUAUUCUUUUUACACGAA